AUGGAGCUGCUGCAGCGCUCCUGCGCACUCGCUGCGAUCCGCGUCCUGGAUAUCAUCCAAGACAUGGGCGCCUCGUUCCCGCGCCUCUUGCAGAACAUGAUCAAUGUCUUCUCCGUCUUGAUCGGACUCUCAUGGGAGAUGUGCUUCGAGCACAGUCUUGAAGAACUUUCCGAGGAAACGGUACACCCAGAGGCCAUGAAGUUGAUCUUCACCGUUUGCGCUGUGGCGAUUGUGCUGCCUGCCUGGCGAAUGUUCAUUGUCCGCCGCGUCAUGCACCUCGAGAGAAAACACCAGGAGCGGCAAGAAGCAAAAGUCAAGAUCGCGAACGGCGAAGACCCUGCUUACACGGCCUUGCUGAAGCAGUCGCCCAGUCCUCCGCCCGAGGAGCUAGCGAUGAAGCAAGACUUGGCUCCAAAGAGCCACCGUUCGUCUGGAUGUUGGUGA